GCUUCGAGCACGUAUUCGCGGAUACAUUCAUACAACAAUAUACGAACGAGAACAGAAACCGAGCCAAGCCAAAAGCAAUCCAUCAAUCCGUCAUAGCAGACGCGCUCGCUUCGUUCGCGAAUCUCGCGCGGCUCUCACCAUAUCUAUGAAGAUAUAGUACAAUAAUAAUAACAAAAGCAUCGCGCAUCCGUCGGAUACAGAUACAACAACAACAAUAGAUACAACAGAUACAAUUGCAACAUCUCAACAUGCUCAGUGCUGCUGACUUUGAACGAUAAUAACGAAAGAUGGAUGGGCAGCUAAGUGUUUUCACUGCCAGUGUUUUCAUCGAUGACGUUUUAAACUACACUCCAACAUUCGCGCUGAUGGAUACCACAAAAAUAAUAAAUUCGUCGUAAAUGCUCAACCGUCUCCAAAAAUUAGAUACAAUCAAUUGAUCGUUUAUAAUCGAUCCCAACCAGAACUGUGACAAAUCGUGUGCCUGCCCGCUGCGGCUAAUUGCGGCUAUAAAUUCGCCAAAAAUUCAGUGAAACGACAGGUAAAACAGCGAAUGCAACUGCGAACUCCACGUUAAACCUCAGGAUAUGCAAAACGGAUUAACUUGACAAUAUGCGGGCUCGACUCGGUAAUUAGCUAAAGGUCAACACAAAGUGCUCGAAAAUCGUUUCCGCCGCAUAACAAAAACAUUGUGAAUUUACAGCAACAUUAAUAAAUUGUGAAGUGAAGCACAUUCAAAUCGGUUGCACUUGUUUAACAACAAAUAACAAUUACCGUCGGCUAAAAUUUUGUUCAAGUGAAUGCAGCUAAACUGCAAGACUUUAAAGCAAUUUUAAACAGAGAGCAAAGAUAUCGAUCGCGAAAAUGGAUCCCGACUGCUUUGCCAUGUCCUCGUACCAGUUUGUCAACUCGCUGGCCUCCUGCUAUCCACAGCAGAUGAAUCCACAGCAGAGCCAUCCGGGCGCCAAUGCCAGCAAUGCGGGCAACAGCAACGGCGGCGGUGCGGGCGGUGCAAACGGGGGGCAGGGCAACUCGGGGGCAGCGACGCCGGGCAGCAAUGAUUACUUCCCAGCAGCGGCCGCGUACACGCCCAAUUUGUAUCCGAACACACCGCAGGCACACUAUGCCAACCAGGCUGCCUAUGGAUUGGGUGGCGGUGGAGGAGGAGGUGCGCCUGGCGGUGGCCAGGCUAAUCCCGAUAUGGUCGACUAUACACAGUUGCAGCCACAGCGAUUGCUGCUGCAGCAGCAGCAACAGCAGCAGCACGCACAUGCGACGGCUGCAGUUGUGGCCCAGCAGCAACAGCAGCAGCAGCAGCAACAGUUGCCACAGCAGCAGCAACAACACCCGCAGCAACAGCAACAACAGCAGCAGCAGCAACAACAGUCGAGCAUCAGCUGUAAAUAUGCCAACGAUCCGUCAACGCCCGGUGGUAACAACAACAACAACAAUAACAACAACAACAGCGCCAACAGCAACAACAACAACAACCAAUCGUUAGCCAGUCCACAGGAUCUCUCCACCCGCGACAUCUCGCCCAAACUCUCGCCCAGCUCCGUCGUGGAGAGCGUCGCCCGUUCCCUCAACAAAGGCGUCCUCGGAGGCAGCUUAGCCGCCGCUGCCGCCGCCGUCAGCCUGAACAACAACCACAGCGGCGGGGCAGGCAGCGGGGUGCCAGGACCCGGCAAUGUCAACGUCAAUGUGCCCAUGCACAGUCCGGGCGGCGGCGACUCCGACUCCGAGAGCGACAGCGGCAACGAGGCGGGCAGCAGUCAGAACAGCGGCAAUGGAAAGAAGAAUCCACCACAGAUCUAUCCCUGGAUGAAGCGAGUACAUCUCGGACAGAGUACUGUGAAUGCCAAUGGCGAGACGAAACGACAACGGACCUCAUACACCCGCUAUCAGACCCUCGAGCUGGAGAAGGAAUUCCACUUCAAUCGCUACCUGACACGCCGGCGACGCAUCGAGAUCGCACACGCGCUCUGUUUGACGGAGCGACAGAUCAAGAUCUGGUUCCAGAAUCGUCGCAUGAAGUGGAAGAAGGAGCACAAGAUGGCGUCAAUGAACAUUGUGCCCUAUCAUAUGGGUCCAUACGGCCAUCCAUAUCACCAGUUCGAUAUCCAUCCGUCACAGUUUGCGCAUCUGAGCGCAUAG